CACUUCUUCAGAAAUCGCCACCACAAAGAUAUGAAGGAGGAGGAGGAGGAGGAGGAGGAGGACUUGGUGGCUAACGUGGCAACGGAGCAAAGGGUGUUCCGGUACGAGACGCUGGUGGUGGCCACCAACAACUUUAGUCCCAAGCACAAGCUUAGCGAACGGAGAUUCAAUCCAGUCUACAAGGGGAAGCUCCAGGAUGGGCGGGAGGUGGCGGUGAAGCGGCUAAGGCAGAGGUCGCGGCAGGGCAUGAGGGAGUUCGAGAAUGAUGUGUUGUUGCUGUCGCAAGUGCAGCACAAGAAUGUGGUGACCCUCUAUAACUACUACGCCCAUGGCGACGACAAGCUCCUCGUCUACGAGUAUGUCCCCAACGAGAGCCUCGACAAGCUCCUCUUCCCCGCUUUAAAUUGAAGUACUUUUGUUGCUGAUGGAAUUGGGCAAGAGGAGAAGAGGGGGCCGAUCGGAGGAAGAGGAAGGCAAAGCUGGACUAGGUGCAGUGGUACAAGGUAAUCCUUGGGGUGGCGCGAGGGCUGCUCUACCUUCACGAGUCGGCACACACCACCAUCAUCCACCACAACAUCAAGGCCAACAACAUCCUGCUCGAUGGCUGGUGGAUGCCCAAGAUCGUUGACUUCGACAUGGCACGUCUGUUCCCGGAGGACCAGUCUCACGUCCACACCUACGUUGCCAGCACCAAUGGC